AAACACAAUUCAAAACUUGACUACUAUAGUUCUGUGAGAAGAAACCAGAAAGAGAGAGAAGAUGAAGGUGCUUAUAGUUCUUGUUGUGAUGGUUGGAUUUCUGUAUGGCAUUGAGUCAAAAACUUUGGUAACUGAGAACGAGAUGCAAGAUGAAUCUGAAGAUAGCAUUGCUGCUGAUAUUGAGAAGAUGCCAGCUGAAGGUUUUGAAGAAACUGAGAAACAGUUACAACAGGCACCAUUGGAUGAGGAAGAAGAACCUACAGAAGAAGCAAAACAAGAGGAUGAAGUGCUUGCUAAUGGUUGUAAAAUAACCAGGAGGGUCCUUGGUUAUUUCUAUCGACCAGUAUCGCACAGUGCAAGGCAAUGCUUCAGUGUCCGUGUUCCCUCAACCAGGCCGGUUUAUGGAACAAGAUGCGUAAACCACAGUUUCAAGUACAAUAAUAAGCAAUAUUACAAACGUCAGUGUUUCACUGUGCGACUGAGUAUCAGAGUUGUAUAUACUACUGCCACAAGAUGCUGGACAUACACAAAAUUCUCCAGGUUUAAUUAUACUUAUAAGUGGCAGAGUGUCACUUUUCGUUAUUGAUCUGCAGGUAA